AUGCUCAAGAUUAUCAUCUCCCUCCUCCUGCUUUCGCAGGCUACUGUUGCAAUGCAAAUUCGAGUUCAGAACAUGACCUGUGAAGAAAAGUCAAUAACUGUUGACUUUGAUAGACUCUGUACCAAUGAAAGUGUGUGUACAGUUGGAAAAGCGGCAAACCUUGUAGGAAGUUUGACCUAUCAUUAUCUCAACGAAGAGUUCGGUAUGAACCAGUCCUCAAAAGUCUACUUGAACUUGAACAUGUCGCUUUUCGGACGAGAAGCAGCCAGCAAGAAUUUCAGUGUCCACAAACCAAUCUACGAAGGUACCUUCUUUGACUUUGUGGAACUUCCUUUGUGUGACAAUGCAACUUUGAUUGCCGAUAGUGAUGACGCAGAGUGCCCUGGCACUGGCACUUACAAAUUUACAAACUCCAUCAAGCUUCCACACCCAAACAAUGCGUUCCAGACAUGGAUGUUCACUGGAUACGACGGAUUGGUGAAAUUGGGUAUCUACCAAAGUGAGCAAUAUGACUCGGAGCCCCUUGGCUCUUGUACCUUCUACGUCACAACCGAGCAAGGUCAAUCGCGACUUGGAAAUCUACCAAAUGGCAAACCAGUCCAUGAUGCAGUCAUCACUUUCGUGGCAGUUUUUCUAUGGCUCGCUGCUUUUGCAGUCUGCUGUCUAGUCCGUCGCCAGCGAAAUAGAAAACAUGUGGAAGCACAGGAGGUACAAAAGGUCGUUCGCCCUCGUCCACUCACACCCGAAGAGAAGGUCGAAGGUAGAUUCCGAAGACUGGAGGAAGAAACCCAAGAAGAACAACAUCGCACUUUUGCAUUCCGAUAUGUUCCACCUGAAGAUGAUCCAGUUCCUCCAUCUGCCUUUGAGAGAGCAUGUCUUGCAUAG